AUGUCCAACCACGACAACAACGUUGUUGAAGACCAUGAGGGUCUCAUGUACCAAACCUACCCUUGCGCAUACUAUGUCCAAAGCCCCUCCACUCUUUCCCAUGCCAACAGCGCAGACAUACGCAUCCAAAACGACGCCGAAUCAACCUUCCACUCUCCCAUCCGCUCUGAGACCCACCCCUUAAACCCUACCCACGAAGAGGACGAAGCCUCGCGCUUCGCCCUCUGCCGCUACACCUCCUCCCGUGGCUCCAGUCACUCCUUCUCGCAUCACAAGAAGGUUUCCUACGACGGAAGUCAUGUUACUGCCACCGAAAACGGCGACGUCAACCGUCUCGUUAUCGUUGACGGCGGUGGUAACGAUAAUGGUGAGAAUGAAGCUGGAGAGGGAGGAUCGUUUUUUGAGUAUUAUUACGGGAAGAGAAAAGGAGGGUGGAGGAGAUACUUCUCUUACCGUAACUCUGAUUCCUGUGCAUGGAUUUGGUUGCAAAUGUGGUGGAGAAUUUUGGUGAGCUUUGGAAUGGCUUUGCUUGUGUUCUACAUUGCUACAAAACCUCCACCACCUAAUGUCUCCGUUGAGAUAGCAAGGUUUCCAGAAUUUAAACUUGCAGAAGGGGUGGACAGAAGUGGAGUGACUACAAAGAUCUUGACCUGCAAUUGUUCCUUGAAUUUGAUGAUAGAGAACAAAUCCAGGUUCUUUGGUCUUCGCAUUCGUCCUCCCACCAUGGAAAUGAAAUUUUCCAACUUACCCUUUGCAUUUUCUAAUGCCCCUGAGCUGUAUGCUGAGAGUGGCUUAACAGUUUUUGCACUGGAAUUGGGAGCAAAGAACAAGGCAAUGUAUGGUGCAGGAAGAAGCAUGCAAGAUAUGCUUGAUUCUGGAACAGGAUUGCCUCUGGUUAUACGUGUAAUCUUGAGCUCUAGUUUCAGAGUGGUUCCAAGUCUCAUAAACCCAACCUUCCAUCACCAUCUUCAAUGUUUCGUGCUUCUCAACAACGCUUACGAUAACAAACAUCGAACCCAAGCAUUUCAUAGCACCUGUAAAGUAGCUUCUUGA